AUGCCUUUUGUUAAAAACUUCAAGCCGAUCGCUCUUCAAGAUACCAACUUGUUCAAGCCAUUGGCCGUCGGCGACACCGUCGUUGAACAUAGGGCUGUGAUGUGCCCGCUCACCAGACUGCGUGCACACGCUCCCGGAAAUGUGCCCAACAAAGACUGGGCAAUGGAAUACUACGAUCAGCGUUCAAAGGCACCGGGAACCAUGAUUAUCACCGAAGGUACCUUUCCAUCACCUCAAUCUGGUGGUUAUGACAACGCUCCCGGUAUAUGGUCUGAGGCGCAGAUGACGCAGUGGAAGAAGAUCUUCGCCAAGAUUCACGAGAACAAGUCCUUUGUUUGGGUCCAACUUUGGGUUUUAGGAAGACAAGGUAGCCCAGAAAACUUGAAGCGCGAUGGCUUACGUUACGACUCUGCUUCGGACGAGGUGUAUAUGAAUGAGGGUAUGAAAAGGAAUGCUGUUGAGUGUGAUAACAAACAACACGGUAUAACCAAAAGUGAAAUCCAACAAUACAUUAAGGAAUAUGUUCAAUCAGCAAAAAACUCUAUUGAGGCAGGUGCAGAUGGUGUAGAAAUCCAUAGCGCUAAUGGUUAUCUUUUAAAUCAGUUCCUAGACCCCAUUUCCAACAAAGAACAGACGAAUAUGGUGGUUCUAUCGAAAACAGGGCGCGCUUUGUACUAGAGGUCGUGGACGCUCUUAUCGACGCAAUAGGCAACAAAAAAGUCGGUAUUCGCUUCUCCCCUUACGGUGUGUUUGGUUCAAUGUCAGGAGGAACUGAGGAGCUGAUUGUUGCCCAGUAUGCAUAUGUUUUAGGCGAACUUGAAAAGAGGGCACAAAUGGAAAAAAGACUCGCAUAUGUGCAUCUAGUCGAGCCUCGCGUUACUAAUCCGGCCGACGCUGAAGGAGAAGGUUGGUAUACUGGAGGAACCAACGAGUUCGCUUAUAGUGUAUGGAAGGGCCUCAUCAUUAGAGCUGGUAAUUACGCUCUGGAUCCAAAGGCUGCCUUGCGCGCCGUGGAACAGAACAACAGAACACUGCUGGGCUACGGCAGACUCUUUAUCUCGAAUCCAGAUCUGAUUUCCAGAAUUAAGCAUGGUUUGCCUCUAAAUGAGUACGACAGGGAUACGUUCUAUUCUCAAACUGUUAAAGGCUACACUGACUAUCCCAACUUUGCAGAGGCUUCCAAGCAGGUCGCGUCUAGUUAA